AUGGCGACGCCAGGAAGCGAACCCCAACCUUUCGUCCCUGCCCUCUCGGGGUCUACUCUGCACCCACAUCAUCAUCCCCACCACCACCACCAUCACCACCACGGAGGAGCCACAGCAAGCAGCGGGGCCGGAGGAGGGGGCGGUGGCGGGGGUUUCAACCUGCCCUUGAACCGGGGUUUGGAGCGCGCGCUGGAGGAGGCGGCAAACUCCGGGGGACUGAACCUCAGCGCCAGAAAAUUGAAGGAAUUUCCAAGGACCGCCGUCUCCGGGCACGACCUCUCGGACACGGUGCAGGCAGAUUUAUCUAAAAACAGACUGGUUGAAGUUCCGAUGGAGUUGUGCCAUUUUGUAUCACUGGAAAUUCUUAAUCUAUAUCACAAUUGUAUCCGAGCCAUUCCUGAGGCCAUCAUUAAUCUCCAGAUGCUGGCCUACUUAAAUUUAAGUCGAAAUCAGCUGUCCACCUUGCCAGCCUGCCUAUGUGGUCUGCCUCUCAAAGUCUUAAUCGCAAGUAACAACAAACUUGUGUCUCUGCCAGAAGAGAUAGGCCAGCUCAAACAGUUAAUGGAAUUGGAUGUCAGCUGCAACGAGAUCACAGCUUUGCCCCAACAGAUCGGCCAACUGAAGUCACUACGAGAACUGAAUGUCAGAAGAAAUUACCUUAAAGUUUUACCACAAGAACUAGUAGAUCUUCCCCUGGUAAAGUUUGACUUUUCCGGCAAUAAAGUACUCGCGAUUCCGAUUUGUUUUAGAGAGAUGAAGCAGCUGCAAGUAUUACUGCUGGAGAAUAAUCCUCUGCAGUCUCCUCCGGCACAGAUUUGCACCAAGGGCAAAGUGCAUAUAUUCAAGUAUCUAAGUAUACAAGCGUGCCAGAUGAAGACAGCUGACUCUCUUUAUCUCCAAUCAAUGGACAGACCACAUAUACACCAGAAUGUGGAGGACAGUAAGAAGGAUUCAGACUCUGGCGUUGGGAGUGACAAUGGAGACAAGCGACUGUCUACCACAGAGCCUUCCGAUGAAGACACUGUUAGCCUUAAUGUGCCCAUGUCAAACAUCAUGGAAGAAGAACAGAUGAUCAAGGAGGAAGCCUGCCAUCACCCUAGCCCUGUUAAAGGUAAAUUUCAUCAGGAAUUUCACCUGGAACCCUGCCUUUUGGGUGACAAUGAAAAGUCAGGAGAAGAAAGAGAGCAGUUCACUGAAGGAGCAGAUGUUCUCAGUUCCGAAUUUAUGAACUACAUUAAGAGUAGGGCAGAAGACUGUGAGGAACUGUUGCGGAUAGAAGAGGACGCCCACUGGCCGCCAGAGGGACUAAUAAGUUCAUCCAAAGACCAGGUCAUGGACAUAGUGAUGAUCGAGCAGCUGAGAGUAGCAGUAGAUGUGCUACAAGAUCCCAACAGGUUAAAUACAGACGUUACAGAGAGAAGUGUUGUUAAUCUUUAUCCCAUGGAAUCAGCAGAAGCUUUAGAACUACAAGAUGCUGCAUUAAAUGGGCAGAUGCAUCUGGAGGCGUCGCUGGUGUGUGAGGUACAGAACGAUGUCGCAUCGCAGAGUAAUGGGAGCCAGUAUUCUCCAAAUGAGAUGAGUGAGAAUUCCCCUGCAAUCUCUCCUACCACAGACAGCGCAGCUCCGUUUGGCCUGAAACCUCGAUCAGACCCAGCCCUCAUUCUCCCUCCUAUCUCCUUCAACAAACUUACACAGGCACAAACAUGGGACAGCUCUAGCUACAGCCUUCCAUCUGAAGGAGACAGUGACAAUGUAUUUCUAAGACCUCAGAGAAAUUUGGAAUCUAUAGACCCACAGUUUACAAUUCGGAGGAAAAUGGAACAGAUGAGAGAAGAAAAGGAACUGUUGGAGCAGCUCCGUGAGAGCAUCGAGCUGAGACUAAAGGUCAGCCUACAUGAAGACCUGGGGGCCGCGCUCAUGGAUGGGGUGGUCCUCUGCCAUCUGGUCAACCACAUCCGUCCACGGUCCGUCGCAAGCAUCCAUGUCCCCUCACCAGCAGUUCCCAAACUUAGCAUGGCCAAAUGCAGAAGAAAUGUGGAAAACUUUUUGGAAGCAUGCCGGAAGCUCGGAGUCCCUGAGGCUGACCUCUGCUCUGCGUAUGACAUCCUGCAGUUGGAUUUUCAUCACAUUCGAAAGACUGUUGACACUCUGCUGGCACUCGGGGAGAAACCCCCACAACCAACUUCUGCCCUCCGUUCCAGGGACCUUAUAGACUUCUGUCUUGUCCCCCUCCUCUUUGUAGUACUGGUGUAUCUCACUUACCACUGGAAUGUUCUGUCCGCCUGA